UUCUCUAAUUUGUCUAUUUGCGCGGAGUGCGGGUGGUUUGAGCAACAAUCGUAAACAACUCAAUAAAAUAUAGUUAACCGUGAAACUAAAUACUCGUGAGUUUUCUGUUCGCAGAGGGUGUAGGGAAAAUAUUUUUUUUUUUGCAAUAACUGCACAAAUUUUCCAUCCAAAAGGAUAUAGCUAUUUUGUUGUGUUCGCGUGGGGUAUAAGGGGUAAGGGAUAAGGGAACGAAAGGCGCACGUGCAGAGAAAAAGGGAAAGAGAUAGAUAGAGAUAGAAAUGACAUCGGUGGAAAAUCUGAAUAAAUCGCGAUGUUCUCGACCAAGAAGCAGCUGAUAAAGAAGACUGGGAAACAUGGGGUCGGACGCUUCUCGUUUCUUCAGCAGUUAGUCAACGAAUACAACGCGACGAAAAUCCAAGAAGCCAAGGAGCAGGUGAUAGCCAAUUUGGCCAAUUUUGCUUACGAUCCGGUCAACUACGAAUAUCUCUGGAGACUUAAGGUCCUUGACCUCUUUUUCUCUGGGCUAGAGGAAAAAAAUAAAAAGAUUGUUUCCUUUGCCAUUGCUGGGAUCUGCAAUAUAUGCUUAGAACCACUGAGCAGAGAAUAUAUUUUGAGAAUCGGUGGAGUUAAAUUAAUUUCUUCUCUGCUAUCCAGUAAUCGAGAGUCAAUAGUAUUGUCAGCAAUAACAACUUUGAUAUAUUUGGAUACUCCGGAUUCAAGGCAAAACAUUGCAUCGCGUGAAAAUAUUAAUCAUAUGGUGGUAUUAUCUAAAAGUACAAAUCCACGCAUUAGGAAUUUAGCAAAUAUUUUUUUGAAAAGUAUUUGUAAUAUAGAUCAAACUCCAACGCCUGCCAAGAGGAUUAUUGAAACUACUGUCGAAAAUCCAAAAAAACAAAGACUUAAUCGAGCAAGUACAAGUUUCGAUACAAGUGCCGGUAAAAGCGUAAGCUUGAAAACUAGCAACAGUAAAAAAAAACAACAUUUUGCAACUACAGACACAGCAGCAAGUACAAUCUCGUCAAGUAUUGCUUAGUAAGAAGUUUCAUUAUUCAAGUGUGAAGCAAUGAGAAAAACAAAGAUGUUGCGCACAAUGCUUGCAUCUGCAAAAAAAUAUUGCACAAAAGUGUCGUCUGGAUCCGAUGCAACGAGCAGCAUUCUGGAAAAUCUUAAAAUUGGCAACAGAGUAUCCAUCCAAAGAACGAUAACAGAAGACGAUGUUCUUGGAUUUGCGAAACUGACCAAUGACUACAAUCCUAUUCACAUCCAUUCUACAAGAAACAUUGUUCAUGGAGCAUUUUUGAAUGGGCUGCUAUCUGGGAUUCUUGGCACCAAGUUGCCUGGACCUGGAACAGUUGUCGUGGAACAGAUCAUAAGAUAUCCAAAACCUUGCUAUGUUGGGGACACUGUUGAGAUUUCCGUGGAAAUCACCUCUGUCAGAAAAAUAGUUAAAUGCAAAUAUACUUGUGUGGCGAAUUCCGAGCGAGUGGUCAUGGAAGGUGAAGCGAAAUUAGUCACAAAUCCGAAUAAAACAAAAAAGAUUGUAUUUACAAAAUAGGUUAUUUAUAAUACCAAGUUAAAUUUUUAUUAGUU